AUGGCUUUCUUCAAGUUCUCCCUCUUCCUGGCUCUUGGCAUCUUUGUCCUGUACCAGGUGGGCAAGCUCCAGGCAGCACCAUCCAAGUCCUCUGUGGAGAACAGUCUACCCCCUGCUUCACUCAAUGAGGAGGAAGGAGACCUCCUUCUGGCUCUCCUGAUGAGGGAGUUCAUGAAAAUGGCCAAUGAGAAGGAGCACCUGGCAGAGGACUCCAGCAUCACUGCCCAAAAGAGAGCCUGCAACACUGGCACCUGCCUGACCCAAAAGCUGGCAGGCUUGCUGAGCAGAUCCGGAAGUGUGGCAAACACCAAAAUGCUGCCCCCUGACAUGGUUGCCAACAACCCUGGCCGGAAAGGCAGGGAGCUGGAUGCUUAAGCACCUGACAGACCCUAGGAAGAAGAUCAUCCCAAAGCUGAACCCCACUUCUUUAAAUUGGCUUGGAGGAAUGCAUGGAAAACACACCCUUCUGCAUGCUACUUGACAUUAAAAC